AUGGAGAACAGAAGAUCGAUAGAUAUUCACUUUUUGGCUUUCCAACUUCCCCCAUUUCGUCACAGUGGAACGUGUGAUUAUGGACGAGUAGGAUGCGAUGGAUACCGGUGGUUAAAUAUGCAAUCACGAGAUGACUCAUCAGACAUUCUACUGAACCUAUCCACGGAAGAGCUGCCGCAGUUCUGUCCAGCUGGACUGUGUGCAUGGAUCCCAUGGUUAAAUAUGCAAUCACGAGAUGACUCAUCAGACAUUCUACUGAACCUAUCCACGGAAGAGCUGCCGCAGUUCUGUCCAGCUGGACUGUGUGCUUCUAAGAUACUGCUCAUAGUGCACACAAAAAAAAGAUCGAAUGCUGUGGAUGAGAGCCAAUUUCCAGAAUGGGCCCCGCAUGACUCUGCUUGUGCUUGGUUAGGGGCGUUGCAAGAUACGGCACCACAACAAUAUCGGUGGCGUUGCUGA